AAAAAAUUUCCCCAACCCUCCAAUAUGGAUAUGGAUGGUGAAGUCAUUAGAUUAAUCAAAGUGUUGCUCGUAUGCAUGGUAUCUCUAUUGUACUGCUAUUACAUAGCUUCAAAACUUCCCAAAGGCAAACCCAGGCUCCUUUCUCUCCUCCCAAUCUUCUCUCUCUUCGCCGUCCUCCCGCUCGACCUUUCCUACGUCGUCCUCACGAGUGGUAUCACCAUAUUCGUCACCUGGCUUACGACCUUCAAGCUCAUUCAAUUUUCGUUCGAUGUAGGUCCUCUAGCUUCCGACCCACCAUUGUCAUUCCCUCUUUUUGCUUCCAUCGCUUUCUUACCGACUAGACUCAGGGAUAUCAAAACAACCCCAUAUGUUCAAAAUCAUAAAAAAGAUUCAAUUGCACCUCAAAAACUUGACCAAGAACCACCACCCAAGUUACCUCUAAACUUGCCAGCUAAAGCUUUCUUAUUUGCAUUAUUGGUGGUGUGCAAGAGCCAUGUUCAUCUUGUCCAUCCCGUUCUCAACUUAAUCUUCAAUUGUGGAAUAUUGUAUUUCUACUUAGACAUGAUUAUGAGUAUAUCCAAUGAUUUUGUUCGAUUGAGUUUCGGUGUCAAGGUCAGACGAUCGUUUGACGAGCCGUAUCUUGCAACUUCGCUUCAAAAUUUUUGGGGUCGGAGGUGGAAUCGAUUGGUAUCUGAAACUUUGCACAACACAAUCUAUAAGCCAAUUCGUUAUAACGUCGGGAGCCCACGAUGGAUGGCGGUCUUCAUGGUGUUUGUGGUGUCGGGGUUGAUGCAUGAGCUUUUGUUCUACUACAUCAUCAGAGUGGUUCCAACUUGGGAAGUCACAUGGUUCUUUGUUAUUCAUGGAGUGUUUGUGGCCUUGGAGAUAGAGUUGAAGAGUGCAUUGGGGAAGAAAUGGAAGUUCCAUUGGGCAGUGACCGGACCCCUCACGAUGGCAUUUAUGGCUGUCACCGCUCAUUGGUUGUUCUUUCCACAACUAUUGAGGAUGAAAUACUGCCCGUUGUGGCAAGUGUGAUAGAAAAAAUUUAUAGUACUCCUCGUAGUACGCAUUCCUUCCAUUUACAUUAUAAGUCUUUACGAAAAUUUACAUUAUAAGUCUUUACUUUGUUAGACAAUGUUUUAACCAUAUUCCAUAUUAGACCACACAUUGUUCUAUGUUGACGUGGUUUAUAAUAAAUUAGAGUAGUAUCCAUGCUAUUGUAGUAUAGGAAUCUAGUGUGAUUGAACAAUGAGAAUCAUUCUUUCUUUUUACCUAAAUUAUUUUAAGGUUUUCAUGGAUCGGAUCCGGAUCUACAUAAGUUAGUUUAUGUUUUUUGUUGUUAUAUUUAGAACAAUAUAUAGAGUUUAUGAAUGAAAAUUUGAGUGUGAGAUAUUAUUGUUCUCUUUCUUC